AUUUAUGCCUUUUGUAUACACGUUCAUUCAACGUUCACUUCAGUCCAAGUCAGCCGCGAGACGAUCGAAUAUAUAUCUAUAUAUUUUGUCUUUAUUUCGCCAUUUUUUUCUCGUACUUUAUAUGAUUUUAAUUAAUACUUAAAAUUAUUAGUAUUGUAAAAAAUAAAACUUAUUGCCCAGUAAUUUUCUAGCGCGCAGACGCGUAGAAAUGGCGGAAAAGUUUUAAACUGUGAAAUAAUAAAUUAUUACUAUGAUUUUAACGAGUGAAUUAUUUAAAUAAGAUGGAUAUUAUAAAACCAGAAUUAGUUUGGAUUGAAGGCCGUUGUUAUCGAUUUCCCGAUCAUACUGUUUGGUCUUCAAAACAAACUUGUACUCCUUAUGAAGAAGAUUACGAUCAAAUGGAAGACGACAUGAAUAAUGAAGUUAACAGUCGUGAUUGUGAUAUAGCUGUUGAAAUUUUAAAAGACGGACGUUAUCAACAUACUGUUAAUAUUCCUCAGGUAUUUUACCGAUUUCUCAUUGGUCAUGCAGGAAGUAUUAAAAAAAAUCUUGAGUGCGAAACGAAAACAAUGAUUAAAAUACCAAAUAUUGGAUCUAAACACACUGAUAUUGUAAUUACUGGAAAAAACCGAUCAAGUGUCAUAUCAUGCCGUCAAAGAAUUGAUCUUAUAGUAGAAUCUUCGAAGAAAAAAAUUCCAUUUACUCAUUUUGUAUCAAUUCCAUUAAAUGAAGAAACGAUAAUUAAUAAUUUUAUAAAAUUUAAAAAUGAAAUUCUCAAUGACUCUGAAAUAAUGUCAAAAGGAUUAAUGGAGGAUUUUUUUGUUAGUCCUAAUAAAUUUCAUCUAACAAUUGGAAUGUUAUUAUUAAUUAAUAAUGAGGAUAAAAAAAAAGCUGUAGAAACAUUAAAUGCUUGUGUUAAUGAAAUUAUCAAGCCUAUUUUGCAACAGAGUGGACCACUGAAACUAAAAAUUCAAGGUGUAGAAAUAAUGAAUGAUGAUGAAAAAAGAGUAACAGUACUUUAUGGUAAAGUAUUAAAAAAUGAUAUACUCCAAGAAAUAGCUAAUAAAACUUUCAAUUUUUUUAUUCAAAAAGAUCUCAUGAGUGUACAGUAUACUGAAGCAGUAAAAUUACACAUGACCUUGAUAAAAACAAGCCGAGUAACAGAUAAAAGUUCAAAAAAGAAUUCAAGUCUCGCCCAAUUCGAUGCUACAAAAAUAUUAAAGAACUAUAAAGAUUAUUACUUUGGAGAAUCACAACUGGAAAAAAUAAAUAUUUCUGCAAGAAAUACUGAAACUGAUGUAGGUCAUUAUGAAACUUUAACAGAAAUUAAUUUAUUAAAAUAAUUAAUUAAAAUGAGCCUAAUAAUAGAUACGGUAUAACUACGUUGUACAUUUAUCUGUAAUAAAUCAUUCAUAAAUGUAAAUUUAUGUAAUUUCAAGUACUUAUUUGAAGAUCAAUAUCAAUAAUACAUUUCUGUACUACGGCUCAAUACUGAUCAAUAAAAUUCAGCCAAAGACUACAAUAAAAAAUGUUUUACUUUAACUUUUCCAUUCUCUUUAUGAACUAGGUAUGUAACUUUAUUAAAAGUUUACCGCGUGAAUAAUUUAAUAAUGCUAAGAUUUUUUUAAAUUUUUAACUACUGACGAUGAAGUAGAAAUAAAUAAUCUGACUUUGACUAAAAAUGAAAGAUGUCGUUGAUUAUAAAUUUAAAAAAUAAAAAUUAAAAAAAAAUUAGUAAACAAUGUAUAAAUAACUUACAUAAAAUAUAGCUUUUGAAGAUUUUUAUAAGAUGACAAAUACGCACAAAACGAAUAACAGAAUUUAAAGAAACAAAUGUGUUUUAAGUGUACAGGCAUUAUAUUUUUAUAUACGCAAUGAUUAUUAUUUAAAUUUCAAAUAUAAAUAUGACAGUUUUUUUAUAGUGUUUACAACGCUUAUCUUAUCAUAUUUAUACAGAUAAUAUUGUUUAUAUAUUAUCAUUAUUAACAAAACGAUUACAAUUGUAUGACAACUGCGCGAUCUGUCUACUAUGAAUAAUACUUGUCUCAUUCAAAUGUUAGUUUUAAAUAACUUGUCAAUUAUUUACGACAAAGAGUAACGGCUGAGUGGGUUAUCUCAAUGCCUUAUUGAAAAACUAAUUAACUGAGUAAUUGAAACAUACGUAAAUUGCCAAUAUAAUACCUCGAUGUCAUCUGUUAAAAAUUAUUAUAUUGUGAGGAUGAAUGAAUAUAACUGAUUAAAUUUAUCUACAUGAAUAUUUAUAUUUUUUUAUAACAGUGUAAUGAUAAAUAUAUCACGUGCGUCAAGAUUAAUUCACAUAGAAGGUUGCUUGUAUAUUUAUAAAUUUCAGUACUUUUAUCAAGAAUUAAAUUAUUUUUUGUCCAUAUAUGAGUUGAAAAUUAUUAUUAUUUAACAAAAAAUAUAUUUAUUUAAGUAUUAACUAUCAAAAAAUAUCAUUACGAUCACUUUUGUUUAAUUGAAUUCAUA